AUGGUCGGCGACAACUCCAGCAACGACACGCUGCCACGGUACGAACAAGACAGCCUCCUACCGCGGGCCGACAACAUGGCUCCCAAUACCAAAAAAGCUGCUGCCGAGUGCAUCUCUGAUGAUGCGCUGAUACACCUCAAGUCGUACAAGUAUUCGAGCGUCGACAAGUCCCCCGUGUCGAAAUAUAUCCUCGGUCCCUGGGGACCGACAUGGCUAUAUUUCAGCUUUGCGUUUGGCCUGUUUAUGUACCAGACUAUGGACAAUGUUGAUGGCAAGCAGGCGCGAAGGACCGGCACAUCGAGCGGCCUCGGCGAGCUAUUCGACCACGGUAUCGACUCUCUCAAUUGUACCCUCGCUAGUUUACUCGAAACGGCUGCCAUGGGUCUGGGAACAUCGAAUGCUGGCAUCUUUACGGCCCUCUGCCCUUGCCUGGCCAUGUUCUUUUCCACCUGGGAGACAUACCACACCCACACGUUGUAUCUGGGCGUCAUCAACGGCCCUACCGAGGGCUUGCUUAUUGCUUGUGGCAUCAUGGUUGCCUCUGGGAUUUGGGGCCCUCAUAUCUGGACUCUGCCUCUUGCCAAUGCUCUGGGCGAUAGCUUGCCUGGGCUGGCACAAAUGCUUGGCCAAACGUCGUUCCGAGAUAUCUGGGUUGGCUUGAUCAUCUCGUCCUUGCUGGUCGGCCACAUCCCCUUCUGCCUGUACAAUGUCGCGUUGGCCCGCCAGAAGCAGGGCCUUCCCGUGACACCCGUCUUUGCUGAAUGGACACCAAUGGCCGUCUUUACGCUUGGAGUUGGCGCCUGGGUGUUCUCGCCGUACAGCACGCUGAUGACGGACAACCACCUGGUCUUGUUCUGCCUGACCAUGUCGUUUGUCUUUGGCCGCCUGACAACCAAGAUGAUCCUGGCGCACCUGACUCGCCAGCCGUUCCCGUACUGGACGGUGAUGCUCGCACCGCUUGUCGGCGGUGCGUUCCUCGGGAACCUGCCUCGGUUUGGACUGCCCCAGAUCAGUGCGACCGCAGAGCUUUACUACCUGUGGGCGUACUUUUUCUUCUCCUUGGUGGUUUACUUUCGCUGGGCAUAUCUUGUCAUCAACGCCAUUUGCGACUAUCUCGGCAUCAAUGCCCUGACGAUACCCAAGGAGAAGCAAAUCGCCAACAAACAGGCCCGAGACGCCACGAAGUUACAUUAA